CCUUCCCCCCAAACCCCUCAGGCUCGGCCGCACCGGGGCCGCGGGCCGGUUCCUGAGGUGGCCCAGGCGCCCCCGCCCCACCGCCGGCGCCGCCUCGGCUGUCCCUGCGCCGCCCCCCCGCCCUCCGCCUCCGCCUGCCCCCGCCCUCUGCCGCCCUGCCCCCUCCCCGCCCAGCAGCGGUCGCUCGGCCCCGGCACUCGGUUAUAAGAUGGCGGCGCUGAGCGGCGACGGAGGCGCGGAGCAGGGCCAGGCUCUGUUCAACGGGGACAUGGAGCCCGAGGCCGGCGCGGGCGCCGCGGCCUCUUCUGCAGCAGACCCCGCCAUCCCGGAGGAGGUAUGGAAUAUCAAACAAAUGAUUAAAUUGACACAAGAACAUAUAGAGGCACUACUGGACAAAUUUGGUGGAGAGCAUAAUCCACCAUCAAUAUACCUGGAGGCCUAUGAAGAAUACACCAGCAAGCUAGACGCCCUCCAGCAAAGAGAACAACAGUUACUGGAAUCCCUGGGGAAUGGAACUGAUUUUUCUGUUUCUAGCUCUGCAUCAACGGACACCGUUACAUCUUCUUCCUCCUCUAGCCUUUCAGUGCUACCUUCAUCUCUUUCAGUUUUUCAAAGUCCCACAGAUGUGUCACGGAGCAACCCUAAGUCACCACAGAAACCUAUUGUUAGAGUCUUCCUGCCCAACAAACAGAGGACAGUGGUACCUGCAAGGUGUGGAGUCACCGUCCGGGACAGUCUGAAGAAGGCCCUGAUGAUGAGAGGUCUGAUCCCAGAGUGCUGCGCUGUUUACAGGAUUCAGGAUGGAGAGAAGAAGCCAAUUGGCUGGGACACUGAUAUCUCCUGGCUUACUGGAGAGGAAUUGCAUGUGGAAGUAUUGGAGAAUGUUCCGCUUACAACACACAACUUUGUACGGAAAACAUUUUUCACCUUAGCAUUUUGUGACUUUUGCCGAAAGCUGCUUUUCCAGGGUUUCCGUUGUCAAACAUGUGGUUAUAAAUUUCACCAGCGUUGUAGUACCGAGGUUCCACUGAUGUGUGUUAAUUAUGACCAACUUGAUUUGCUGUUUGUCUCCAAGUUUUUUGAACACCAUCCAAUACCACAGGAGGAGGCCUCCUUAGCAGAAACUUCCCUUGCAUCCGGAUCAUCCCCUUCCGUACCCCCCUCCGAUUCUAUUGGGCCCCAAAUCCUCACCACUCCGUCUCCUUCAAAAUCCAUUCCAAUUCCACAGCCUUUCCGACCAGCAGAUGAAGAUCACCGAAAUCAGUUUGGACAACGAGACCGGUCUUCAUCAGCUCCAAAUGUGCAUAUAAACACAAUAGAACCUGUCAAUAUCGAUGACUUGAUUAGAGACCAAGGGUUUCGUAGUGAUGGAGCCCCUUUGAACCAGUUGAUGCGCUGUCUUCGGAAAUACCAAUCCCGGACUCCCAGUCCCCUCCUACAUUCUGUCCCCAGUGAAAUAGUGUUUGAUUUUGAGCCUGGCCCAGUGUUCAGAGGAUCAACUACAGGUUUAUCUGCCACCCCUCCUGCCUCAUUACCUGGCUCACUCACUAAUGUGAAAGCGUUACAGAAGUCUCCAGGACCUCAGAGGGAGAGAAAAUCAUCUUCAUCCUCGGAAGACAGGAAUCGAAUGAAAACACUUGGUAGACGGGAUUCAAGUGAUGACUGGGAGAUUCCCGAUGGGCAGAUCACAGUGGGACAGAGAAUUGGAUCUGGGUCGUUUGGAACAGUCUACAAGGGAAAGUGGCACGGUGAUGUGGCGGUGAAAAUGUUGAAUGUGACAGCACCCACACCUCAACAGUUACAAGCCUUCAAAAAUGAAGUAGGAGUACUCAGGAAAACUCGACAUGUGAAUAUUCUACUCUUCAUGGGCUAUUCAACAAAGCCACAGCUGGCUAUUGUCACCCAGUGGUGUGAGGGCUCCAGCUUAUAUCACCAUCUCCACAUCAUUGAGACCAAAUUUGAGAUGAUCAAACUUAUAGAUAUCGCACGACAGACUGCACAGGGCAUGGAUUACUUACACGCCAAGUCAAUCAUCCACAGAGACCUCAAGAGUAAUAAUAUUUUUCUUCAUGAAGACCUCACAGUAAAAAUAGGUGACUUUGGUCUAGCCACAGUGAAAUCUCGAUGGAGUGGGUCCCAUCAGUUUGAGCAGUUGUCUGGAUCCAUUUUGUGGAUGGCUCCAGAAGUAAUCAGAAUGCAAGAUAAAAACCCGUAUAGCUUUCAGUCAGAUGUAUAUGCAUUUGGGAUUGUUCUGUAUGAAUUGAUGACUGGACAGUUACCUUAUUCAAACAUCAACAACAGGGACCAGAUAAUUUUUAUGGUGGGACGAGGAUACCUAGCUCCAGACCUCAGUAAGGUACGAAGUAACUGUCCGAAAGCCAUGAAGAGAUUAAUGGCGGAGUGCCUAAAAAAGAAAAGAGAUGAGAGACCACUCUUUCCCCAAAUCCUCGCCUCUAUUGAGCUGCUGGCCCGCUCAUUGCCAAAAAUUCACCGCAGUGCAUCAGAACCCUCCUUGAAUCGGGCUGGCUUCCAGACAGAGGAUUUCAGUCUCUAUGCUUGUGCUUCUCCGAAAACGCCCAUCCAGGCAGGGGGAUACGGAGAAUUUGCAGCCUUCAAGUAGCCACACCAUCAUGGCAGCAUCUACUCUUACUUCUUAAGUCUUGUGUUCGUACAAUUUGUUAACAUCAAAACACAGUUCUGUUCCUCAGAUCUUUUUUUAAAGAUUCAAA